AUGCAGGUAAAAAAAGCUGGUACUCUGUGUGUACAUCGUAAGUCGAUCAACACCUUAUCAACAUAAUAUACAUCAAAGAAAAGUUUCAUUCGAUAAUGGUGAAUUUCAAAGUACAUUGCGUUCGUUUUAUACCGUAUGUACCUCAAGCCAUUCAUUGUUUGGCCGUGGAAGGUGGAAAAAAUGCGAGAAUAGCUGUAUCAAGAGCGGAUAGUAGCAUUGAAAUAUGGAAUAUUGAAAAUAACUGGUAUUUAGAAAGGAAAAUUGUUGGUUUAAAAGGAACAACUAUUGAAGCGCUUGUAUGGUCAGGAUCUCGAUUAUUUUCCUCUGGACUUCAUGGAGAAAUAACAGAAUGGAAUUUAGAUCAAAUGGUUUCGAAAAUAAAUAUUGAUUCAUAUGGUGGAGCUGUGUGGAGUUUGGCUGUAAAUCAAGAGCAAACAUUAUUGGCGGCUGGAUGUGAAGAUGGCUGUGUUCGUUUGUUUGAUAUUUCUAUGGAUGACAUUCAGUAUGCACGUGUUUUCAUCAAGCAAGAAGGUCGAAUACUCUCCCUUGACUGGCAUAAAGAUGGUCAAGUGUUGGUAACUGGUGGUUCUGAUGCUACUAUUAGGGUUUAUGAGGUUUCUACAGGUCAUGCAUGUCUUCGUAUCACGUUGGAUAAUUUUAGUCAAAGAAAGACGUUAGUCUGGUCUGUCAGCAUUAUGAGUGACUUCACUAUUGUAAGUGGUGAUUCAUUAGGCAAGACACAAUUUUGGAAUGGAAAAUUGGGAACUUUAAUAAAGGGUUUUAACUUACAUAUUGCGGAUGUUUUGACUGUCUGCGUAAACAAGGAGGAAGAUACAGUUUAUUCAACUGGUGUUGACAAUAAAUUGAUGCAAUUUAAACUCGUUGUUGAAAAGGAUGGAAUGAAGUGUUGGUCACGAUCCAUUUCCACCAGAAGUCACACACAUGAUGUGAGAACCCUUGCUUUGAUUGAAAAUGCUCAGAAAUCCACAUUAGUUUCAGGAGGAGUUGAUACAAAUAUUCUUGUGUACAACACAAAGAAGUAUGGAAACUCGGAGAUUAGAAGGAUACCAUCAUUUCCAAUGCGUUCUGAGAUUCACCUUGCCUCUAAAGCUGAAGUAUUAAUGUUUCAAAAAUCAACGUCGCUUCAUUUCUGGCAACUUGGAAAAACUUUGAACGAAGAGAGCUGUCACCUGAAGCACAAUCCUGUACAUUUAUUACAGUUGGAGGCAAAGCGACGUAUCGUUUGUUCAACAAUAUCAAAUGAUGGAAAUUGGACAGCGUUUUCUGAUUGUCAUAAGAUCAGUGUGUUUAAAUUGACCUUGGAUUGCAAUGCUUCUUACGUUGAAAAAUUGAAGUUUCUCCCUAAAGAACUUUUACCUGUUCAUCACAUGAAAUUUACCAAAGACAGCUCAAAACUUAUAACUAUAACUAUCACAAAGACUCUUCAAAUUAUUCAUCUAAAUCGCGAUUCAUUGUCGUCAGAAACCAUACAAUUUCCCAUGAAGAUAGACGAGGCUAUCGAUUUUCCAAGAACAGAUGUCAAUUCACCUGUGAAUGAUAUGGCUGUGAGCGAUGACGGUACAUUAUGUACAACAGUUGAUACGUUAGGACAUGUUGAAGUAUUUGACGUCACUGAAAUCAAGCACAAAUGUACACUUCCACGGUUCUCCAAACAGAUCACGGCGAUGGCAUUUCAACCAGAAACAAAUCACCUGGCUCUUGUGAACAGCAAUAAAGAGGUAUUCAUGUUUGACAUUGAGCAAAUGAAAAUGACAAGUUGGUCUAAGAAAGCUUCCAAAACUGGUUUACCCGAACAAUGGCAAAGGCUACCAUCAAAAGUUGUUAACAUUUUAUUUGAUUGCAACAAUAAAGAGAUGAUGUUUCUUCAAAGUCACGAUUUGUUUAUCUUAUUAGAUAUCUCCAAGCCUUUACCAUCGAGGAGCAUCAAAUUGUUUGCAAGAAAAACAAAAAAGUUCACGGUUGGUAAGAAACGUAAACAUAGUGAGAAUCAUGAUGAAAAUGAUGUGGAAUACUGUGAAGCGUUCAAGAUAUGCAAGAAAUAUAAGCCAUUACUAUUUCUUGGUAUGAAUGACAAUAAUUCAUUGGUUACUGUCGAGCGUUCUUGGUUAUCUAUAAUGGAAUGUCUUCCACCCACACUUUAUCGCAAAAGAUACGGCACAUAGUCAGCAACUUUCUUUAAAAAUAUUUUGUGUCAGGGUUCAGAACAAAAUUUGUUAUUAUCUGAACCUUGAACAGUCUUGGAUGUCCCUGAAAAACCGUUGAUAUCCUUAAGCAACCAUCGGAGUAAAAGAUCGGGCUGGUAUCACCACUGGAUGUUUUUGAACAAUACUGGAUAUCUAUGAACAACUUUGAAUGUCCUUUAACAACCAUGGGUGUCCUUAGCAGUUCAAAUGGUACUCACAAGAACACUUUGCCAUUAAAGCCAAGCUAAGCUUUAUUUAAACCAUAAACGUUAACGUUAUAAACCAUGUAUACAAUCUAAGAUGCUUUUGAAUAAAAGAACAAUUAUAUUUACUAAUAAAUUAAUCACAAGACGAAA